UCCCCCCAAAGAUGGUCUUGGUACAACCCCCGAGGCAACGCGGAAAGGGAUCGCCUCUCCCUCCUUUGGUCUUUCUCCACGUGAAAGCCCCCACGGACAGAGAUUGCUCUGUUGGUAACUUGUGGUAGCAUAAAUAUAUGUGGAAUGAGAGCUGAAAUGGUGGAGUUUGGGUCAUCAUCUCCAGAUAUUUCAGAAUGAUUGGUGUUAAACGAGGAGCAUGGAUUUAUCUUAUAGUCUUACUAAUAUCACUGACAGUGGAAGGUUUUGAUGUGCCUCUCACUCUUGUGCAAGAUGCUGUGGCCAAAGGAGCAGUCUGUUUGGAUGGAAGCCCCCCAGCUUAUCAUUUCGCACCGGGAUUUGGCUCAGGGGUGGACAACUGGUUGGUUCACAUGGAGGGAGGAGGAUGGUGCAGUAAUGUUGAAGAAUGUAAACAACGCACAAAGAACUUCAGAGGCUCCUCUAAGUAUAUGGAGCAGCUUUCCUUCUCUGGAAUUUUAGGCAACAAGCAAACUUCAAGUCCUGGUAUAGCAUUCAACAAUUAUUUUCUUUGAUGGAUAUUGUCAAUAUGACCAACAGUGUAGGAAAUUAAUCUGAAUUUUAUACUGCAGUAGGUAUAACUUGAGUAUAUGAAGGCUAUUCUAGAGACUCGUUCUUUUAACGAAUGAAAAAGAAUACAAAAAGGAGAGCUUUUAAUAAAUUCUCUAGGCCUGGUAUAGCUGCAGCUUAUUGUGGAUAAGUGGCGGAAUUCCUCCCUUAUUCCAGGUGUUUCUGCCAAAGGACCUGUUGCAACCCAGUUUGAACCAGAGGCAAAAGGAACAUCUAAAACACUGGAAUAAUGCACUUCUUGCCAACCUACCUGAACAAACCUA